CUGAGAAAUAAAUUUUCAACAAAUCUAUGAUUGAUUUUUCAAUGUCAAAAACUCAGAAACUUCAUUCCUGAUAUUUCAAAGUUGCUCAUUUUCGUUUAGAUUUUAUUGGAAUUCCCCACAAGGAAUGCUUGAGCCAAAAUAUCCUUGCAUGCAGAGUUAUUCUACUGAUGACGUAAUUAAUGCUUGCGACAGUCGUGAUUCUUAUGUGUUUAAAAAAUUUUUAAACGCUGCUAUUUAUGUGGAAAAAACUAUUAAGAAAAUGAAGCCUGACCUUCAAAAUUAUGAGAAACAUUUGACCGAUUCGAUCAAAAUAAUGAAAACCAAAAGGUGUUCUUGCUACAUUGACGCAGAUAGCUGCCCUUGCCACCCAACAAUGGCUUCAGGGGAUGGCUUGAAAUGUACAAGAAGUGACACUCAGGUCAAUUGCGAAAACACAGGAUUUUUGCAGGAUUUGGAGAAACUCAAGAAUAUCAACAAAAAUAUCAAUAAAACCAUAUUAGCCAAACGUCCUAUGCAAAAAAAAAUAUCUAAACAGGAUCCUGUUAUCCAAAAUAAAAACCCGAAACCAAUAUUCAAGCUGGAUUUGUCCAAGUUGGAUGAGGGUAUAUCACCAAGAGCUGUUCCAUCUGAAACUGAACUGGGCAAAGGCAGAAACAAGGUUAAUUCGAAAAUAUACGGGGAAACAGGAACAAAAAUCAAAGAAAAUUCGAUCGCAGAGGUUGAUCCUAAAAAUGACAUAGUUUUCGUUGCUAAAAGCAAAGAACAGAGCGAUGACGACUCAGGUAGCACAACAUCGAGUUCUUCAACACUUAGUACAUGCUCUCAAAUAACCGUCAAAAGAAGUGAUAAAGCUGUUGCUUCUGAAUCCAAGGUAUCACUAUCUACUUUGACUUCAUUUACACCAUCUGAAAACAAUAGCGUUAGGCAAUGGUUAUCGAAAAAGCUAGAAGAGCAAAGGAAAAAGAAUCUUGCCCAAAAAGAGGAGGAGCGUAAAAAACAAUUAGAACGGGAUAAAAUCCUUGAGCAAGAACGAGAAAACUUCAAAAUAUGGCUGGCGUCGAAGAAAAGAGAUGAAGAUAAAAGAAAAGCUGAAAUGGAAAGACAGCGGCAAUUGGAUCAAUUAAGAGACUUGGAAAAACAGAAAAGACAUCUCGAGAAUCAAAUCAAAUAUCAGAUAUGGUUGAAGAGGAAGGAGGAAGCUGAUAUAGAAAAGAAGAACCAGGAACAAUUGAAAAUUUUACAGGCACAGAUAGAGAGAGAGCGAAGGUCCAUAGCAAAUCAGAAAGCGUUCGAAGAAUGGCUAGAGUUUUCAAAAAAUAAGCCUAGGCCACUUCCGCUCAAUAAAGGACUUGAUAGUUUGAGAUCAUCUCUCUCUGUUACCUAUGUCAAUCCUGUUCCUUGGGUACCUAACAUAGAUUUAAAGCCAGCUUCACAGUAAAAAAAAAUAAAAUAUUCAGAAUUGUAUAAGCUAUUGAAAUACAUAUUUAUACAAUUAUAUUCUUGUUUUAUAAAAUACAUAUCUAUAGAUGA